ACCUCAAGCUCAAUCAACUCAGAGCUCAGGGAUAAGCUCAGAGUUUGUUAAGCAUGCUUUCUGAAACAGGGCCCAGAUGUCAAAGUCCUUUUACAAACUUAAGGAAAAGGUGUGAAGUUUGUCCUGUGGAGUGAUCAUCAAAUCGGGAUGUUUGUUCUCGUCUGGGCGACUUUGCUUUUCUCUGCUAGAGACAGCAUUGCAGACACAGGAGCAUCAGUGGAGAAAAGAACACGCUGUCAAAGUGGAUUCUGUAUCACUCUUAAUGAAGGAGAAACAACAGCAGAGGCUGGACUCUGUGUUGUGAUACCGUGUUCUUUCACCACUAGUUAUAGCUUCACACCCCAAAAUAUAGUUUGGUACAAAUGUGAACAAUCUAAACCAAGAUGUGUUGAUUCAGACGUAAUAUUCCAAACUAACAACAACAGAAAAGUUCAGUCUGGGUUUAAAGGACGAGUGUCACUAUUGGAGCCUGACGUGAGUCAGAAGAACUGCAGCAUCAUCAUCAGUGACCUCACUGAGUCAGACUCUGGAUCAUAUCAGCUCAAAGUUACUGGUGUCACCUGGUAUGAGAGGGCAGAGGGAUUUACAUUUUCUCCAAGAGCAACUGUCUCUGUUACAGAUCUGAUCCAGAAGCCCACAGUUAUGGUUCCUCCACUAACAGAGGGACAGCAGACCACACUGAACUGCACUGCUCCUGGUCUCUGCUCUGGAUCUGAUCCUGAAAUCACCUGGCUGUGGAGAGGACCAGGACAGAACGACUCUCACAUCACAGGAAACAUCACUGCUUUCAAGACUGAGAAUCUGACUGCUGUCACACAAAGACACAGCUCAACUUUGAUGUUUAACUCUUCAGCUGAACACCACGGCACCAAUGUCACCUGCAGGGUCAGGUUCACAAACAACAUCACUACAGAGGAGACAGUGACUCUGAAUGUGACCUUGUAUCCAAAGAUCCUGAACAGCUCUGGAUGCAGAAAUCAGUCGGAGGUUCUGACCUGUAUGUGUAUCGCAGGUCAACAUGGACCAAGUGCAGUGAUUCCCUGGGCCGUCGCUGUCAUAUCUCUCAUUGUCAAUGUCAUCUGCAUAAUCUGCGUGAUGUUCCUUUGGAACACAAGAAAAAAGGUGAAACCAAACCAAGAGGACAGAACGUACAUGUCACUGCAGAAGACAGACCCAUCACCAGAGUAUGAUGUUAUUGGCCAACCUUCCACUGAGUGUAGGGAAGAUGGCAGGACCAUCAUCUGAAUCAUCAAAUCAGGGCUUUUCAAAGUCUGGGACUGUGGGCCAUCCCUGAGACAAAGCUUGGAAAAAGGAACCACCUCACCACCCCUUAGUUUACAUGCUUAGUUUUGCUCAAUUACUGGAUGUCUAUGGGAUUACGAUUAUGUUUUAUGAUCCCAUAGACACUCAACAAUUGAGGCAAUACAGCCUAAUAUUGCUGUUUGACACAGUGUCAGACUUCACCAAAUAAAAAAAGUGCUAUGGCAUUUAUUUCUGACUCCAUUAAAGUGGCAACAGUAAAAUUCCCCAAAACUACUCUAUCUCUGUAACCAAAUAACCAAAACCUAGAUCACAAGGAAAGCGAGCAUUCAUUUAAAACCUGUUGAAAACUGACUGAAAUUUAUUUUCAGUCCAAAACCCGCUGAUGUUGUUGCUUCGAGUCUCAGCGGGCACCAUCUUGAUUAUUGUGCAAUACCUGCGAGCUGCCUGCUUGCUCUCGACAUUUCUGCAGAGAGGGAACGUGCCACUUAAGAACACACAGUGUUUUUGGCCACUUUGUGGCCGACCCGUUGGAGAUACAUAGACAUGCAUGGGUGUGCUUUUGGUGACAGGAAUGUUGAUGAAUACUGACUGUUUUUAUCAAUAUUUCAAUGUUUUGUGAUUUGGAACU